CUCCGCCAUUACCUUGUUGAGCGCAGCCGCAUAAAGUGAUCGGCGUACAGAACCUUAACGUCACCUUCGCAAACUGGCCAUUUUCAGGUACUGUUACCGGUAGACAACUCGGUCCCUUCGAGUCUGCUCACACUGUUGUCGUCAAGGUUUUGUAACGUUUUAAUUAACCUUCCCGUUCGUAACUUCUGGACUGUCUAGUGGAUAUACAACAUACUUUUCUCAGCCUUGUUUCGGACGUUCCACCGUGUCGAACAUUUCAACAUGGCGGAAUCGAAACUUUUGAAUCGGCUCUCAGAAGACUUCCUUGAGUGUCAGAUCUGCCUGCAGCCCUACCGCCGGCCCAAGGUACUGUCUUGUCUUCAUUCCUUCUGCCAAAAGUGUCUUGAAGAGUUUCUAAAGAAACAAAAAGUCAAAACUGAGCUAGAUUGCCCCACCUGUCGCAGCAAGACAUUACUUCCGGGUGGCGGGGUCGCGGAACUAAAAGAUAAUUUCUUCGUGGAGAGCCUGAAGGACACGGUUGACGUCCACAAGAAGCUGACUAAUGAAGGAGAAAGUCUGGUCUGUGGGAGCUGUGAGACCAAGUCAGGGGCGGAGUCCUUCUGUACGGAAUGUGGCGACUUUCUGUGUGACGAAUGUGUAGCAAUUCACCGUCGUAUAAAGGUCACCAAAGGUCACCAGGUGAUCGGCGUAGAGCAGCUCAAGGCCGAAUCCGACACCGUUAAGAUCAGGCCUCGCCCCCUGCCACCGUGUAGGAUCCACUCACAGGAGACCUUAAAGUUCUUCUGCAUCGACUGUAGCGAGGCUAUUUGUCAGGUAUGCACUGCUUUGUCCCACAAGGACCACAAGUACGAGUAUUUCACCGACACAGCUAUGAAGGCAAAAGAAGAUAUACUCACUCUUCUUGCAAAAACCGAAAAGAAGAUGGUGGAUCUUAAGAAUGCUGACCAACAGGCGCACGCACAGAUGACCGAGCUGGAGAAAAAUGUCACCGAAACUAUCGAGAAGAUCAAGAAGAAAGCAGAACAAACUAGGAAGGAUUUAGUUGCGCUUGUCAAUCAACAAGAAGCCGAGUUACUGGACUGUGUUAACACGGUGAGCCAGACCCGGAGUAAGGAGUUCUCCACCGCUAUAGAAGAGAUAGAAACGGCGACUGUGGCGUUAGAGAGCGCGGCAGAGUUUGGACGAAACAUUGUGGAACAUGGGUCGGAGUUUGACAUCAUGGCGGUCAGUGGAGACGUGAGCAUUAGACUGAAGAACCUGUUACAAGUAGAGCUUGCAGACAUCACAGACAAGUUACCUGCGAAGGCCUACAUCACUUUUGAGGAGGGCAAGACGUCAUAUAAGGUCAAGCCUUGCAUGGGAGAAGUCAAGGCAACGCAGGGUAAGAGUAAUAAAAGUAUGCACUAUACAUAUCUGCUAAGGUCAUUACUAUAGUCACAAACACUACUC